UCCUGAUCACAACUUGCCUCAGCCUGAGCAACAGGUGUAACCACCUUGGGAUUACAGGUGUGCACCACGUUGCCUGCUAGAAGUUCAACUUUUUAUAAUGUUGAUUAAAUUGCUACCUUCCUUGCAUAUUUUGAAAAAAUAUCUGAUAGCCAUAAGUUGUUAUCUUGUUUUUGAAGAUCUUUGCAUCAGAUAAUGGAAUGUGAAAUAAUAUAGCAUCAAUAAUGACGAGGAUAAAGCCACAGAAAAACAACUGGAAAUACACAGGAAAGACGAGUCGUAGGACACUUUCUCUCAGUCUGUGAUAGAUCCUAUAAAUACUACCACCAAAAAAUGGUAUUUCAGACUAUAAUAAGAAAAUUAACAAGGAUGUACCUUCUUUUAAAAUACCUGUUGUAAUGUCAGUAUUGUUAAUCCCUAGGAAAUACUAAGUCUUACAAGUAGAAGUACGUAGUAAAAUACCUAAAUGCAAUACCACAAUACAGAAAUUAGUAAGAAAAAAAAUUGUAAAAAGUUCCUGGACAUUAAAACAAAUUAGUAUCUCUUAAGUGACUUUUAACUUGAAGUGUGACUCCAAACCAAAUUUUCAGAUUUUCUACAAAAGUUAACAAUAGAAAGCAAUACAUAUCAGAUACCAAUGAAUUUCACUAAGCAACCUUCCUGGGAAAUUUCAGAGUCUAUGUGUUUAUGUCAAGAAGUAAGAAAGGAAGAGAAUGAGAAAAACUUAAACUAAGGAAGUCAAAGAGCAAUCUAGAGAGAAGUAGUGAGAGACAAUCAUGAAGAUAAAACCAUCUGAGACUCAACAGCAAUGACAAAACUGAUUAAGUUUUAGCUAUUUUUUAAAGAAAUAAAGAGAAGUCACAUGUGGAGUUUUUAAAAAUACAAUUACUAAAGAUACAAAAGAAAUUUAAAACCAGGUAAGAAACAGUAGUUUUGCACAAAUUUAUCAAAUAAAAUUUGAAAUUGUUUGAAAUAAUCCUGCACAAUAGAAUUUGAGCUUCAUGGAACAGGAGACUUCAAUCUGUCUUUCACUUUGUGUGUGUGUGUCCUAGUAUCCAGAACCCUCCUCUGGUAACUUCUUUUCCCAUUUUUCUUUUGAGUUUUGUUUGUUUUUUGAGUGUAGGAGAUAUUCUAGUGUAUUUCAAAUUCCCCUUAUUUUUUACUGCAUGACUUUAUUCAUAAUGCCUUCUUUGAGCCUGUAAAAUAGGUCUAGAAGUGUACCAUUUUGUUUCAUUUCUGUCCUGUAUGUUGUGUAAUUAUUAUGUUUUACAAACUUAUUUUUCUUUUUGUAUUUCUUUUAUCUUCAAGCUUAAUUUACUUUCACAUUUUUAGCUUUUUAGGACUUCAUGAACUAUGUGCUCAGUACAUCAUUUUUCUAUUAUCCUUUUCUAAAAUAUUCAAUUUUAACUGCCAUUUUUCCUCAUAAGAAAGCUGUAGAUGCACUUCACAAGUUUUAAUAUGCUUUAUUUGCCGGUAUCUGACAAAUCUUGCUCCAUGGGGGUUUCGCCUAGCCCUGCCUGUGCUCCACCCUGGGCCUGCGAGAGCACUUUCAAACUGCACCUGCAGGGCUUUUUCCUACAAGAUUUGAUGGCGUUGCCUCUCUAAUCUAUCCCACCUCCUUUUACAUUUCCUGUAUUUUGCGUGUCAAGUGUAAAACAUUCUGCUAUUUGAGGUUUUAAUUUCACUCAUUCCUUCAUGUUUUAAGUUAUUAAACCAUUUAAUUGGACAAUUAUUUGUCCAAUUGUUCUGCACCUGCAACUUAAAGUUCUGGGAAAGCGGGUUGGCUUUGUCCCAUGUUGCUUGUUCCAAGCUCUCCUCCUAGGAGGCUGGGUCUCACAAACCUCUGCUCAGUGGUGCAGUCCAGGCUCCCGUGUAGGAAUUCAAGUCCUCAACAUGGGAGUCAGCCUUCAGCCAGCAGGGAAACUUCUGGUCUCCUGAUGGUGGCUUUUAUUUCCUGGGAGCCCCUCCCAAGGUCCCUUAGCCCUGGAGGGACAUGGAGGACUCGCCCCAAGCAUUUCAUUCUCCAAUCUUGGAGGCUCCAGGAAGUGGCACAUUCUGUGAGGCUGAUGGUGGUCCACAGAUGGCGGAUUUUUGAUAGAAUGAGCAGCAAAGUCUCUGAUCUUAGAAAUAGUCUUGUAAAUUUUUAUAGUGGAGAAAAAAACUCAUCAUUUUUCUCCGCCUAGAACCAAUGACAGCCCCAAAGGCCUCCCUGACAUCCAGCUGCCCUGGGCUCAGAGGAGAGCCAACUUGACACUGGAGAAGAACAAAGCCUUCCUGCACAUUCCUGUUGUGUUUCCUCAAACUGCGGGGCCUCCCUGGUUUCUCCUUAGUUUGAGACUGUCUUGUUCUUCCAUGGAGCCCCACAGUUCUGGUUUGGUAUCCUCCCUCCUGAAAGGGGCAAGUAGGUACAUUCUGGUUCUACGCAGAAAAGACAGGUUGAUCAAAGAGCUCUUCACAUAAUAGCAGUUUAAAAGACAUUGUUUUCUUAUGUUUCCUAACAUUAUGAAAUAAUUCAAUAACUUUAUGGUAGAACUGGAAAUAAGACUUUUCUUAAAAAAAAUAGUUUUUUCUAGCUAUGAAUCCUGACCUUUAUCUCCAUAUUGCACUUUUAAAAACGUGGACAUCUGGAAAAUUUCUGAAAGAACAUACAAAAUUAUGUUAUGCAAAGUUCUUUGGUAUUAGAAAUACAAUUCUUGAACUAGCAGAAUUAGUUGGGAUAUCUUUGGAUGCAUUACUGUCUAAUCUUGUGUCAUGUUGGCUGAAGCAACAAGGAAAACAUGGGGCCCUGUGUGGGACACAAAAAGGAGAUGAUUCAGCAGCAGAGGAGAUGCUUCCAGGGUCCUGCCCUCCUGGCCUCAGCCUGGUCAUCACAGCAGCUGCAGAAUGGCCUCUGCAGGGCUAGGAAGUGACAUGCAGACGUGCAUGUCCAGUGGACUGAGUAUCUCUUUCUCGUGCUUCUUCAUAAAACAUGACGGGUAUGGCAACAAAUAUAGCAACAAAUAUGCUCAUCCUUUGGGCUUGGCAAUCGGUGGUGAUGUGGAUGGAAUGGAUGAGGAUUCCCCUUUGUAGGAUUGUGUCAGCAUCUUGCAAAGAUGUACAUCUGAACAAAGUCAGUCCCUGGAUUUGGGCUCAGGACACGUCUGAUAAGAUGAUAAAACAACACUGGAAAUGUGGCUAUUUCUGCCCUCAGAGUCUGACUCCUCAUCCCUCCUUUCAUGUCUGACAUUUAAUAAUAAAAUAGAUAUUUUAUUUGAAAUUUUGCUUAAUUUUUAAAAGCAGAGGACAUCACAUAAGUUUCAUAAAUGAUCUUUCCUGCAUGGGUAGAACUAAUUUAUCAUUUCUCCCAAAGUUUUUGAAAUGAUCAUAUGUGUACUUGCCUAUAUGUGUCAAUAUGCAGUGUGUCUGUGUGUGGAAAAAAGAAAAAUUCAUUCCUCAAUGUUCUCACAUCAACUGACAUUAAUUAUUAGCAAAAACACUCUUGUCUUUAUGGUCAAGAAUGACAGAUUAAAUUAUACUCUAAUUGAAAAUAGUGUUGAAAUAAACAAAUUUCUUUAUAACACACUGAUUCAUGGGCAUUAAAUCCAAAAGCAAUUGCACAACAAAAAGAAGGUAGGCUUAACCCAGAAAUCUGAAAGAUCCAACUCUUGGGUUCAAGUUCUUAGAAAAGUAGAUUAUUUUCCCAGAAGUGACAAAAAUUCAGCCCCAAUUAGUGUAUGCAUGCUCCUUUUUAUAGAAAAACUCUCAGGAAAUGGGUAUGAGCAUCCCAGCCACAUCACCCUUUUGUAAAAGAAAUGUCUGGAGUCACCUCCAUAAAUAACCCACACACCACUUCAUGGUUAAAGUCAACUUUAGCUAAAACUAUAUGAGUCACUGACUGCAAGUUGUUCUACCAAAAACAAAAUGAUUUUUUGUUCUGAAUUAUAUAAUUAUUUGUAUGGGAUCAUUUUCUGUGCCUGAGCCCUUUCAGCCAGCAGCUGAGCUGUGUAUUCAGGCCGUCCUCACAUCUGGAAGAGCUGUGGUCGCCACGCUUGCUGUGACCACCAUGCUGGUCCUCAUGCGAUGCCUUCUCCUCAAAGAAAGCGAAGACGACAUCUGCUGAACUUUAUAAUUCUAAAUAGUUUUCUUAACCAGAAACUUAUAAUUCAGCUUUUUGAAUAUUUUUGAAGCAGCCAAUGUAAAAAUAGCAAGUUGGCAAAGACUGAAUGUGUAUUUUGUCCUGUGGUUCUGCCCCUUGGUUGAACUGAUAACUCAUUUUUUUUCAACCCUACCUGCCCAUCCUGAGUGCAGGGGACAAUUUGGACAAUCCCAGGCCAUGGUAUCUCAAUCAUGGUGUUUGUUACAUGGAAUAUACCACCCACAGUACACAGGGAAAGUGUCUGGAUGCUGACAGUGGACACUCGACCAAGUUCCGUGGCUCGGGUUCGGUGGCUUUCCUCCCUGGAUAGACUGUGCUGUGUUGUUCAAUGAAUACAAAUGUGCUCUUUGUUUAACAGAACUUCGGUUAAAUUAUCAAACCAUUUCCUCUACCGGAAACAGGUCUUUGUUUUAUGGAGAAAUAACUUCCUUUUGUUCAUAAGAAGUCAUAGAAAUCUAAAUGGCAUCUAUGGCUCUAUCUGUCUUUGGAGAAAAUCUAGUUGUGUGUCCUCUAAGAAGGGCAUGCAGACAGCAACACCUGCUUGCCCAUCUGGGUCACAGGGGCUGCUGGCCACCUUCCCUGGAAGGAGUAGUAGCCUCUCUGUGCACAGUGUCACCCUCGGCAAACAACCAGCAGAUGCUUGUUUCAGAAUGGCCUGAACAUAGGCUGACCAGGGACUCUGUCUUGUGGAGGUCAGCAUGAAGUUCACCGCCCUGUAGAGCAGCGGAGACAGAGGCCAUUCUCUAAAGCAGCUGGGUCAUUCUGCUUAACAGCUUUGACCCAAGCACAUGGAGAGGGGGCUCAUCAGAAGUCACAUUAAAUCACAGGGGAAUGAGGUCUCCAGGGUGUCCUCAUGAAAGUAAGGAUCAUUGGUUCCUGCUUUGCCUGGAACACGGAUUUCUGUAUGUAUUUAGGGAAUAUUACCAUACACCGAAUGAGUUCUGUCUGUUCACUGCCAGCCUGGAGGGCUUUGGACCUCCCCAACUAACCCCAUUUGUCAUUGCAAGUUUGUCCAGGAUGCCUCACCCUGAUCCACCUGCAGCAAGGACCCUGACAGAAGAACUGUAGUGUGAUGUUUGACACCACAGACCCUGCAUGCGAACCUAUAGAAUAAGGCUCCCACCCGAGAAAGCAGAGGCAGAGAGCAGCUUGCUUGGGGGAAGGGAAGUUGGUGCUGGUCUAGGAUGAGCCGUCAAGAUCAGAUAGGACUGGAAGGGCUGAGGCAUGUCCUGCAGCACGCCAAGUCCACCACACCAGACCAAGUGACUCUGGCUUGAUUCAGGCCACUUUGUGUCUGCCUGUUGAGUGGGAUUUAUAGACUUGUCACUGUGGGUUUUAUAGACAAGUCAUUUUUAAAAAAGCAGAGGAAAAAAGGGAUAGCUUGAUGACCUCAACUCAUUGGAAAGACAACAGGAAAUGGGAACUUAUCAGAGGGUACUUGGUGUCACCUGGUGAAAGUGAAGAUGUACCUACUCUCAGCAGGUGCUUGCUGGAUACAUUCCUACAGAUGUUACAGGGGCAAUUGAACAAAAGUACUUCUUGCACCACAAUAAUAGUGAGAAUAUUUCAUUUAUCCUUUGAAUAUAAACAAAGGAUAGUGAAUGGAAAAAACAGUAGUUUUUAAGAUGUAGUUUGUUAGCACCUUCCUGUAAGCCUGGUUCUGCACCUCGGGCACAGUUCCUGUUAUCACCCCAUUUCACAGAGGAGGAAAUUAAAUUGCACAGACCUUCCACGAAUUGCUUAAGGAGGGCAAAGGGUGGAAGCAAGAUUAGAAUCCUGGAAGUUUGAGGUACUUACCUUUAUGCUGUAUCACUUCUGUAACCUUAUUAAGGCUGUAAGGAGAGGGGGCUGUGAGACAAAGCUACCGCUCAGUACCCCCAGCACAUGGAGUAGUGCGCACCCAGGCUUGCUAAGUCCUCCCUAACUUUGUUGUAAGAUGAAUCACCAUUUGGACGCUGGGGCAAAGCAGUCAGGAACUGGUGCUAGUGCAGGAAUCAGCCAUCAAGACAGGGCAGGAUCCAGAUGAGUGAACAUUCCCUGCAGUGCACCACCCUCACUUCCAGAUGAAGUGAUUGGGUUGAUUCAGGACCUUGUAUGUCGGUAGCUUUUGGACAGGCAGGGUCAAGUGGGAAUGAGGAGUUUGGAGCUGGAGAUAAAGCUAAGACUCCUCCAGGGAGCCUCACAGUGAGCAGGGUGUCCCAGUGGCAAGGGGGAGGUGCAGUUGGCUCAAAGCUGCGUCACAUUCUUGUUAUUGCAUUGUUAAGAUAACAAGAACAAUCCCCAGUGGGCUUCCAAGCCUCCUUUAAGGAUUUGCCAUUUGUCUCCUCCUUGGGGACUGUUCAUAAAUCACCCUCUAGCUAAACACAACUCGGUGCUAAAGCACUUGGCUUAUCCGACCUUCCAAUUGUUGUCGUGACUCCAGCGGGAGCUUUCAAUGUUCCCUUUCCCUUUCCCUAGAAGCCAUGUGCUUCCAAGUAGACCCCAUUCUCCCCUAAAGCUUGGGGGUGAAUCUCCUUAAAUUCGUCUUAAGCCUUCUCUUCCAGAGCACCAGCUUAAACCGUCUCCUCAGCGGGCGAGAGGGGCCUCGCAUCUCCUUGAGCAUGAGUCCUUUGAGUUGGCAUUAAAAUUCUUACAAAAACUGAAAGUGAAAUGAGGAAGACAGAUUGAGCAAUCCACAGAAGGGCAAACGCCAGUAAAGCCAGGGCCCAGGAGGGGCAAAGAUGCACAAGGGGAGAAAGAAGAAAAGCAGGAGAGCGCUCCGGAGGGGGAGAGCCCGGGGCUGCCUCGCAGUCAAUGCGGGACCUCGAGGCACACAGAUAACAGGAAAUGAUCCGUCCUCUGUGGUCACUCAUUGUAAAGGCCCCAGCCUUCAAAGUGCAAGUCGGGGAAUGGAUGACUCCACGGAGUGGGAGCAGGCACGCCUUUCUUCUUGCCUCAAGAAAGGGGGAGAAAUGAAACUAGAGUGUGUUCCCAUCCUCCCACAGAAGGAAAGCCCCUCGGUCCGAUUCUCCAGAGAUGCAAAGCUGCUGGCCGUGACCCUGCUGCUGGCCCUACUCUCCAGUGGCCUCACGCUUAUCUCUUUCUACCGCGUGUCCACCCUGCAAGCGGACCUGGAAAGCCUCCGCGCAGAACUGCAGGGCCACCGCGCACCAAUGCCCACCCCGACCCAGGCAGGAGCCGCGGCUCCCGCGGCCCCAGCGGGACUGAAAGGCAUCUUUGCCGCAGCCGCUCUGGGGGAGAGCCACUCUAGCCCCGGCAGCAGGAACCGGCGUGCGCUUGAGGGGUCCCAAGAAGCAGUUACUCAAGACUGCUUGCAACUGAUUGCAGACAGCGACACACCAACGAUUCGUAAAGGAGCUUACACAUUUGUCCCAUGGCUUCUCAGCUUUAAGAGAGGAAGAGCCCUGGAAGAAAAAGAGAAUAAAAUAGUGGUGAAAGAGACCGGGUACUUCUUUAUAUAUGGCCAGGUUUUGUACACCGAUAGCACCUUUGCCAUGGGACACCUCAUACAGAGGAAAAAAGUCCACGUCUUUGGGGACGAGUUGAGUCUGGUGACUUUGUUCCGAUGUAUUCAGAAUAUGCCAGAAACACUACCCAACAACUCCUGUUAUUCAGCUGGCAUUGCGAAGCUGGAGGAAGGAGAUGAACUUCAACUUGCAAUACCACGAGAAGAUGCAAAGAUUUCUCGGGACGGAGAUGGCACCUUUUUUGGGGCAUUGAAACUUCUGUGACCCACUUGUGCCGUGUCUGUGGCUCUUUGCCCCUCUUCCUCUGCACCUCUAAGGGGAAAUCACUUAACUGGAAGUGCCAAAAGGGGAAAAGUAGUUACCAUAGCCUUUUCUGUGAGCUGUUUAUUUUGGUUUGCUGAAAGUGGUCCAAAACAGGAAAUUUAACAGACAACCACAGCCAAAGAGUGUCAUGUGAAUUACAAGAAAUAGAGCCCGUAUUCAGAAAGAUAGAAUUAGAAACACUUUUCAGUAUAAUUCUAUCUUGAACAAUGUACCACAGCUUCUUCUCUCAGAGGCGGCACAUGGUUCAAAGAGCAGAAGUGACUUCUCCAAAAGUGAUCUUCCAUCAUGUCCCCUGGAACUUGUGCCCACAUCUGUAGGACAUGGAGACAUCUAUGGACAGUCUCGGGUUUCAUUUUUUCUUGUUAAAAACGCCCCUCUUGGGCCUGGGGUUAUGGCUCAGCGGUAAAGCUCUUGCCUCACGUAUGCAAGGCCCUGGGUUCGAUCCUCAGCACCACAUCUAAGUUUUUUUUAAAAAAAUGCCCCUCUUUAAGUUAAUGUCAUAGAAAGUUUAACAACAAACAACAACAAAAAAAAAAACCUCUAGAAAUCUUGCAUUAAGUACAAGAAUAAUUGAAAGUUUAGUGGUUUUGAUUUUAGGUUCCAGUUAGAAGAAUAAACAACUUUAAAAAGCUCAAUUUUAAAUAUUGCACAAUUAGACUGAAAAGAGGAUAAAUGUACCACUUAAGUUUUUGCUUGGUUCAACUAUGCAAUUUUCACCUCUUAUAUUAUCUAUUACCCAGACGUUUCACAGAAGGAAAAGAAUUUUCUCCAUUGUAUAUGCAUGUAUGUAUUUUUUAUAAUUAAUUUCACUUUAAACAUUUAGAUGUAGGUCAAUUUCACCUUAUGCAUAUAAAGCACUAAUUAAAAGUAACUAGUUGCACUUAUAUAAAGUAAAGUCUCCAAGAGAAAUGAAGACAUUUAUGAUGAAGUAAUAUAACUUCCCUUUAUUUCUGGUUUUUCUGUUUCAAACUGCUGCUAUUGUAGUCCACGUAUCCCAGCCUUUCACACACACCUGGUACUUGCCUUAUGGAAGCAGAGGUGUCACUGAAGGCCUUAGCAUCCUGGAGUUAGGAGCAUGCAUGUACUCUUGCAAAGCUCCAGCGUCUCAGAGGACAUGAUCGUAAUUCUAAUUUUAUCAGGAAUCAUACUUGACAAUGCCGUAGUACUUAACAUUUUUGUAACAGCUGCCUCCUUUGUAUUUUGUCAUCUUAUCUCAUUAACAGUAAACUUCACUAAGUAGUUGCCUUCAUUUGUUUAAAUAGUAUUUGGAAAAAAAUGCCCCAGUCUACAUCAACUUUCCAUGUAGAAAGUUUUUAAAGACACUUUUCAAAACUAAGAAAGUGUUUUAAGAUUGUAUCUAAAACCAAACUUUGUUUAAAUCUCUGGUUCUUAAGUUUUUCCUUGUUGAUCCAAAUAAAAUAUAUUUAGCAAUUCA